AGGUUGAUUUUUAAUAGUAAAUUUCAUUGCUAUAAAGUUAACUUGUCCACAGUUGAAAUAAAGUAUAUCAUAUAAUGAAAUAAGCUUGGAUUUAGAACGGAGUAUGAUUGAUACUCUUCUGGGCCAUCAGUAUUACUAAAAAAAAAAAAAAGGUUAUUACAACUGGCUAAAUAUGUCCUAAAAACAUGCAUUUUAAACAAUCAUAUUAUUAUCUAUUAGUUAAAAGAUGUACUACCUUACAGGAAUUAGUGCAUUACUUUUGGCAACAGCAACAAUGACAGGAACAUGUGUGUCUGCUGCUGCUACAUCCACUUCUUCUGGGGUUUUAGCAGUCCAGUCCCCUACAUGGUUACCUGAUUUCCCUAUUCCAAAGGGUGCUAGUUUAAGUUAUCCUACCGGUCCUUUAAAUAUUUCUGAAACAUUAUCAGCAAAGAAAUUAAAUCUUUCCGCGUAUCCUACACCUUGGAAAUCGCCUUCUAUUGAUCAUCCAGAAAUUAAGGCUGUUAUUGCUGCAAUUGAUUGGGAUAAAGUUCCUAAAGCACCUGUUCAAAAGUCUACACCUAAUGGUGAUAUUGAUAUGUCUAGUUAUGAUGAAGCUAAUGAUCCUUACUGUUGGUGGUCUAAUACAAAUUGUGUCAAACCUAAAGCUUCUUAUUUACCUGAUGAUAUACACCAUUGUCCUAGAGCUGGUGAUUGGGGCCUUAACUUUGAUGAUGGGCCUUUCAAUCCAACUGGUGAUAAGAAUAUCGAUAAAUGGGCUGAGCCUGAGCUUUAUAACUAUUUAGCUAAAACAGAGAACCAAAAGUCUACUCUCUUUUAUAUUGGCUCCAAUGUUGCAACAUAUCCUGAAGCUGCAAAACGUGCACUUAAUGAUGGUCAUGUUCUUUGUGUUCAUACUUGGUCUCAUCCUCAAAUGACUACUCAAACUAACGAAAAAGUUGUUGCUGAAUUGUAUUGGACUCUUCGUGCUAUUAAAGAAGCUACAGGUGUUACUACUAAAUGCUGGAGACCUCCUUAUGGUGACGUUGAUGAUCGUGUUCGUGCUAUUGCUUGGCAAAUGGGUUUACAAACGAUUCUCUGGGAUGAAGAUACGAAUGACUGGGAUAUGCCCGGUGAAGGUGGAGGAAAUUUACCACCAAGCACAGUUAAUGGUUACUUUGAAAACUGGAUUGCAGUUCGUAAGAACGGAAAAGAUAAUAAGACAGGUCAUAUUGUUCUUCAACAUGAACUUAAUAAUUCUACUGUCUCAAUGGCUGAGAAGUGGUUACCUAAGCUUCAAAAAACAUUUAAUGUUGUUACUAUUCAAGAGUGUAUGAAUAUUUCUCAACCUUACUGGGAAACUAACUGGGUUUAUCCAACUGAAAAGGAUCCCCUUACUAAUACAUCUACUACAAUUGUUUCAACUACUGCUAUUACAAGUUCCUCACCUACUACGACUAAUAUGGCCACUCCAAACCCAAGUACUACUGAUAUUAUUGAUGUCGCUGCUGAAUCAUCUGCAGUAAAUAAUUUAGCUAAUACACAAUCCAUGCAUUCUGCUGCUACUACUGUCAAGGCCACUAGUAUUGGCUCUCUAUUAACUAUUUUUAUAUUAAUGUCAUACUUACUUUAAAUAUUUUUAUCAC